UUUGGGAGCUAAGGAGGAUAGUGUGAGAGUUUGGAUGCCUACCCAAACUCGCGCGUAAAAGCUGAAAGCCGUAUGGAUAUCUAGGUGAUCAGCGGCGGAACGCCACGGAUCUAAGCAGAACCUGAGCCUCAGCUCGUCCAAGCCAACUUGAUUUCUAACUUUUUAACGGCUGUCAUAAGUUUUCUUCCUUUUUGUUUGUUUUUUUCCUCAAGAGCCUCUGACUGUCGCGCAUGAAAAGCACCAGAUGCCAAGGAGUCGUCCGAUCUCAGGUCAAAGAGAUUUUUCUCUUUUUCAUAGAUUCUAGCCAUGUGCGGUUUUAUUAGUUGGACAUAAAGUAACUCCCCGGUGUGGGUGUAGGGAAGUGAGGGAGGGUGUGUGUGCGCGCGCGCUCUGAUCAAACGGGAGAAGAACUCUUGGAGAAAGAGGGGAGGCGAAGCUGCAUCUCCAAGGAUGACUUUGGGGUCGGAUAUGUCCGACAGCUCUGCUUUGUCCGAGGAUGUGGACAUUGAUGUGGUUGGUGGAGACAUCUCAGUCGGAAAGGACGGACAAUAUCUCCACGACUUCCACUUGGACAAUGACUCGGACGAUAAUUACUCGCAGAACGCGGCCGAGAGGGUUUCCUCUCCGGGGCUCAGCAGCUCCGAUUGCCCGUCAGAGCAGAUGGGAUCCAGCACAGAGCCCGGGACUGUGAUCGGCGACAAACCCAGAAAAAGUGCUCUUGUGAAGCCUCCGUACUCCUACAUCGCCCUGAUCACCAUGGCCAUCCUGCAGAGCCCUAAAAAACGGCUCACCCUGAGUGAGAUCUGUGAGUUUAUCAGCAACAGAUUCCCGUACUACCGGGAGAAGUUCCCCGCGUGGCAAAACUCCAUUCGCCACAAUCUUUCUCUGAAUGACUGCUUUGUGAAAAUCCCCCGGGAGCCGGGCAACCCCGGGAAGGGCAACUACUGGACCCUGGACCCGGACUCCGCGGACAUGUUCGACAACGGGAGCUUCUUGCGCAGGAGGAAACGCUUCAAGAGGCACCAAAGCAACGAAAUCCUCAGAGACUCCGGAGGCUUUCUGCCCGGGUUCGGAUACGGCCCAUACGGAUACAACUACGGACUUCAGCUGCAGAACUUCCACGCGGCCCACAGCCCCUUUCACUCGCACCACACAGGUGGCUCCUUCCCUUUCCCCAACGCCCCCUGCACCUUACCCUCCUCAGCCUCCAUAUUCCCCGCGCCACAUCACCUGCCCUCCCUUCUGGGGACCGAUUUAAGAAAGCCUUUUUAUCCACAACUGAGUCCGUCCCUGCCGUCCCUCAAGACGGACACAAGCACCCAGAGUCGCCCAUCCUUCUCCAUAGACAACAUCAUAGGAGCGGCCAACUCCAGCACCUCUUCCUAUAGCGCGCAGGCGGGCAGCCAAGCGCAGAUCCUGGCCAUGCUGACCCCGGCUCUGGCCUCCGCCUCCACACAUUUGAACUUAUCACAGGAGGGCCUUUUCCAAGCAGCGCCUCAAACCCAGACUUUCCCCUCCAAAAACCCAAAUAUGAACACAUGCCCCUUUUAAAGCACACACUAUUAAUGACAAUUAUAAGAAAAAUAAUUGUGACAUCGUCCUACGUGAAGGUAGGAUGAACCUUUUUGCUGAAAAAUCCAUGUUGGGACUCUCCUAGUUUCCUUCAACACUAAGAGGAGAGAUGAGUUUAUUUAUAGUGUAAAUAUGUGAAUAACUGAGAGACAGAACUCGGGCCAGCAGUAACUUCCACUUGUGAGAAGGAUCAAAAUUAAAGAAAAGAAAAGCAAAAUCUGAGAUCAGAACAUUACGUUUAAGCUAUCACGGGGAUUGUUUUCACUUUUUAUAAAUAAUAAUUAAGAAUUUUAAUAUGAUUUAUGUUGUGUUUGAUUUGUGCAUCGUGAGAAAUUGGCACUAACGUCGACACAAAGGCUGAGGAGAAACGCAAACUCAGGUUUUAUUUAGAAAGCACAUAAUAGAAAUGAAUUAAUGCUCUUUAUUCCCCUUCGGACUCUCAUUUUGACGCAGUGAAUUUGUGGCUUUAUCAUUUCAUGUUAUUACCCGUGAACAGAGCCCGUAAGGUUUUGGUCUGCUCGUUCCUCUAUUUGCAAUUUAAUCUGUGAAACAUACAAUGUGUCAUGAUGUGUUGCCAUUAGAUAAGCACCUAAAUGUCCAUAGGUCAUUAUUUUGUUGUGAUGGCAAGAAUAAUAAAUAUUUGUGAGUUUGAAAACGAAAAAAAAAUCGUUAUUUUUUUGUUGAAAUAUCUUUACGGGAAUCUAGAUCAUAAUUUUUUUUGUGAUAUUAUUAUAAUUAUUUAUUAAAUAAAAGGCGUUCCUAUUCAAA